AUGGCUCCAGCCGCCGACCCAGCGACUUACAAUGGCCGCGCCCAUGGUCAUGAACUGACUCCUCUACCGACAUUCUCCGUGGUAAAGUUAACAGACGAACGCACCAAGACUCUAGGCGAAUGUCUGAAGAAGAACCACGAGAUCUAUGCUCCGCUUCGAGAUCCGAAACUAUGGUUUCACAAUCAUAUGCCACAUAUCCUAGGCUCAUCAUACUAUCUCGGCGGCUCAAGCUCCAAGCUCCUCGAGAUCCUCAAAGCCGAAGGCGAACACCUGAGGCCGCAGGAGACAGUGCCGCCCCAGAACCCGAUCACACGCGAGAACUGGCGAUCAUUUCUGGCGUCUAAGGACCACACGGUCGAGUAUGCACGAUACUUUGACGACGAGAUCGCCAAAACCAACGGCGACUGGAAGAAAGUCGUGACCGAGCAUUUGUAUUCUGGGUCGAAGCCUUUGGUGAAUGGAUUUUGUGGUGGAUUGGGCCAUCCCUUCAUCCAUCUCGCCUACGCCUACGAAUUCGACAGCAAAGAAGUUGCUUCCGAGGCCCUGAGUCUUGGAUGCACCGAGGUCGACUUCAUGCACAAAUACUUCGAUAACCCUCCAGCCGACACCGGCAAGUCGACAUACAAGACCAAAGACCUGCUUGAGAUUUUGGGGCGAGUCGUCGACGACAAACGCUUCGACGGGCUUUUCGAACACCCUGGGUUCAUGAAUACUUUUGCCAUCCAUGCGAAAGCCGAAGAUGUCCUUCUAGAGCAUUAUAAUGCCUUUGUGCUUGAUGAUGUCGAGGUUCAAUUCGAGCAGAUUUUCGAUGUCGCUGCCCGCAUUGCCGUUGAAACUGGUGAUGCUGAACGGCAGUUUGAUUUCUUUUUGAUUCAUAUUCUGACUGCAUUCCAUGCCCUCCGGGUUAUUUUGCCAUAUGCGCCUGUGGAACAUCGGGGGAAUAUGGUCAAGCAGUUUGUCAUGUGGACUUUGUUGAUGUAUGUUGCGCAGUUGAGGCGGCCGGUCCAGACGGAUUUGGUGAAGAAGGUGGAUCUUAAGGGUCGUGGGUGGGAUUAUGUGAGGGAUCAGGCGUUGAAUAGUCGGUUCUCCCUUGAUUCGCAUUAUGUCAAGGUUGUCCGUGCUCUGAAAGUGGGCGAGGAGCUGUAUGGGGAGAAGGAUGGUUGGUAUCUUAAGGCUGCGAUUAAGUUUGUGGAUGAAUAUAGGGAGUGGACUGGGUUUGGAUUGGGAGUGGAAUAG